AUGGCAUCUUGUGCGAGAGCAGCUCGCAACCUCGGUUUGCAUAAAAUUAGGUCUAAACCACUCUCUGAAAAUGGAGAUGACCUUGGGGAGAAAAGAAGGACUUGGUGGGCAAUCCACAACCUCGAUAGUGAAGAUGCUGGCAAGGAGGAUCCUUUACCUCCUGGCGACGAAUCUAGUUCAUCAGAGGUCAGAAUUGCUCUUCAAUUGUCUCGGAGAAUCUCGGGGACGAGGCUUUCAACUGACAUGGUGGGACAGCCUCUAUUUGCUGGUAUCAGUCCAACCAUUGCCACACCUGCGCCCUUCAGGCUAGGACAAUUCGCACGGGAAUGCCAGGUGUCACAUCUUGUCGGAAGAGUUGUCCGCCAUGUCUUUAGUCCUAUAUCCGACACGUACUUCCACGGAGAGGAGGCAAGGCAACUCGAACGGACCUUGUUGUCAUUUCUUCCUCUCUUGAUCGAGGAAGAAGUUCAGUUCGGUAACUAUUGUGGAGCUCUGGCGACCUGCGUGAGCUCCCUCUUCACGUUAUAUGCUGCUCCCAUGCUUCACCCGGAGAGCGCAAGCCUCGAUGAAACUGCCGCAUUGUUUGCGAUGGAGCAGCUUUCUGCAAACAUGGCCGAAAUUUCGGAUUAUAUUAUGGGCAUGGCUUCGGACGAAAGCAAGCGCUUUAGGCUGUCGCCUUUCGUGCCGUAUGCCUUAUACCAGACCGCAGUCAUAGAACUGCGACUGUUGAAGCAGAAGGGUGAACCACAACAUAGCGCAAGGGCAGGCAGAAUGGUAGAACUACUCCAACAUUUUACCAAGCGUUGGUCUAUAGCCGCUACUCUAACGAUUCUCGGCACCUCGAAGAUGGGAAAGCCGUCAAAGAUGGGAGAGCGGCUUGGCGCUUCGAGAGUCUUCCGGAUCACUGACGUGAAGAAGUCCACUACCGACGACGUACCGUUCAAGUGGCAGCACCCGCCAUCACUGCCCGAGUUUUGA